AUGCUCGUCUCAAGGUUCGCCAAUCCACUGGUGGGUUACAGUUAUGGUGUGCAGAAGGUCGCUCGUAUGGCAAGCUCAAUCGCGCACACGGUGAAAGUGGCGGAUCAUAUUGAGAAGACACGAGCGAAAGCUUUACUCGGUGGUGGACAGAAGAGGAUUGAUACGCAACAUGCCCGAGGAAAGCUGACCGCACGCGAACGGAUCGAAUUGCUCUUGGACAAGGACACCUUCCGCGAGUACGACAUGUUUGCCGAACAUACGUGUACCGACUUCAACAUGCAGAAGCAGAAAGUCAGU